CAUUUUCAUCCCAAAGUGUAACGGCUGCAAGCGACGUCUCUCUGCAAGUGCGGGACGGCGCGUGUACAUGCAGAUAUGGGGAUAGCUAGGUAUUAGUUUCCUGGAGUUCUUUCUUCGGCGGGGCCUUUGAGGGGUGAACCAGUCAGCAGCCAUGUCGGACCGCGUGGCACCUCCGGGCGCAUUCAAUGCAAGGCGCCGAGCAACCUCCUACGAUCUCAGACCAAACACCAUAUUAUUCGAAACCCGGUGUUCUCACCGACAGCCCAUCCAGUCGUAUUGCGCUCGUCCAUUCAUUCUUACUGUAUUCACAACUCGUACCUCUAGAUCGCCCGCCAGCUGUGCUGCCGUCGCCUCAUUGCGCUGGGCGCAUACUGUGUACCCUUGCCUGUCCGAGCGAACUCUCCACAUACCUAGCCUACAGCGGCCCGUAGCAAUCGGAAAAUGGCCACAGAAGAGGGCCUGAGCCAGAGGGAACCACCUCCUCAGAUCUAUCGCGACGACGAGAAUGCUUCGCCUGCCUCCGCCGAGUCCGUUGCCUCCGAUACAAUACUUGUUAACAACUCUGAUGCCUCUGACGAAGAAUACUACGCUCAAGAGCCGUACACAGCCAACAAAUAUGUCCCGCCGCGGUUACAGCGGGCAUGGAGGGCGACAGUGACUUGGGUGAAGGGCCCGCAGCCACCGAGGCCUUGGAAGAUCAGACCCUUCUUUCCGCAUAUUCAGACUGCGCCAGUACGGUUCUUGCAUAACUACUUCCCCAAGAGGAAGCACAAGAUAACGUUGCUCAUAUUCUUCUAUCUCUGCUGGUUACUAUCUUUUGGACUGGUCCUUCACCGUUCGGCCUUCGCUGCUGACAUACCCGGAUAUGGCUCGCCAGUACGUUUCAGGUGCAAUGAUAGAUUUUGGCUCGACGCGAAUGGGUGCGGGCUGAACGGAAACCUUUGUCGUCCAUUCGAAAACACUACUGUACCUUUCCGCUGCCCUGCCAACUGUAAGCGGGUGGAAGUCGUCAAUCCCCAUGCAGUUGGCGACCAAGAAGUCAACUACAGACCCCUGGUCAUUGGCGGACCUACAGACGAAGGAGGGACGUUGGAGAAUACCUAUUACCGGGCAGACUCGUUCGUGUGCGGUGCAGCGAUCCACGCCGGCUUCAUCAAUGAUGCAAUGGGCGGGUGUGGCGUGGUCUCUCUUGUGGGAGAGAAGACCGAUUACCCCAGCGUGAAUCAGAGGCACAUCAAGAGCAUCGGCUUUGAUUCCUACUUUCCGAAAUCCUUCACUUUCCUGAAAGGCACUCAGUCACACUGUCGAGAUCUUCGGUGGCCGCUUCUAGCCGUGUCGUUGACCUUUACAAUCCUGCUGUCGCUGUUUACAACGUCGCCUGCGGUCUUCUUCCCUUCAGUUUUCGUUGGGAUCUUCUUCCACGUGGCGCUGGCUUCGGAUCCUCCAAAUCUCACCGACUACUAUGCAAUUGUCAGCAUUGCGCUCGGCCGGUUCCUGCCUGCAAGUUUCUGCAUGUAUGCGAUAUACAAGUAUUGUGUCCUACCUCAGCAACGCGGGCUCCAUGCGCAGAUCGAGAAGACUAUUCUCUGGCUGGGCGGGUGCUGGAUUGGAGCUUUGAACAACUACACCUUCGACAAGAUUCCCAUCCAACGAUUGACACCUCAUGAUAUCAAACAGCAGCCAGGAGCGAUACCUGCCUUGAUCAUCAUAGUGCUGUCACUGUUCUUCAUUGCCUUGGGACAAGCAUGGGCGCUGCGCGUCGAGGGCAAACUGCCCAGGUAUCUGGCGAUAUACGCCAUCUUCGGCGUCACACUGCUGGCGCUGGUAGCAGUGCCCAAGAUGAAUGUUCGCAUUCAUCACUACAUCCUCGGAUUACUCCUAGCGCCCGGAACCGCCAUGCAAAACCGGCCCAGCCUCCUCUUCCAAGGCAUCCUCAUCGGCCUCUUCAUCAAUGGCAUCGCUCGCUGGGGCUUCGACAGCAUCCUGCAAACGCCCGACGAACUCCGCGGCGACGCUCAACUGGGGACGAUCCUGCCGCUCGUCCUCGAGCCCAUCAUCCAUACGAACAUUGGCACCAUGCUCAAACCGAACAUCACGUUUGAGUGGGAGCUGCCCUUCCCGAAACACUACGAUGGUCUGAGUAUUCUGGUCAACGAUGUAGAGCGGUACCGUGGAUACGAGGAUACGGGCAAGACGUCAUUUACAUGGGUGAGGCACAUGGACGAUGUACCAGAGUACUUUCGGUUUGCCUACAUGUGGGGGACUAGCAGAGGGGAUUAUACGAAGGCGGGCGUGUGGCGGAGGGAUCUGGGGUGGACGCACAUGAAGCCUGGACCCUCAUGACGGCUCCUUCUUGUGCGGUUGGGCAAGGGGCUGGAACUCUUGGAGGUGUCAGGUUAAUUGGUGUUUUUGGGGUGGGGCAUGGGUUGGCGAGAGGAGUCUCUUGUCUCUCUGGAUGAUUCUACGAGCGCUGGAGGAGAGGCGUAAGAUGGUGUUGCUUUGGGAUAUAUAUGGCUUCUUUGGUUUUGGAAAGAAGAGGGCAGAGUUGUAGAUAAUCCCUGACGAUGCUGGGUCGCAAUGGGGACGUUCGGCGGGUAUAUCUAAGCAUGCGAUUGGCCAAUUUAGAAAACACUUGUGUUCACUGUGUACCAUAGGGAACCAAAUCUGAGACGUAUAAUUUCCUCAUCUUAGAAGAAGAAGGAGGGAAAUUCUUGUGGAGUACCAUU